AUGGCCUACGCGCAAGUUUCAGUCGGAGAUAACCAUACGGCUUUGCUUCGAAGUGACGGUACCGCGGUUGCUUGUGGCCACAACGGCUACGGUGAGUGCGACCUCCCAGAAGCAGGUGGGGGUACGGCCUACGGAUUGCCGACACUGGUAUUGCAAGCAUCGUUUGACGGUGUGUCGGUCAAUUUCAAGACAUUGUGCGGGGAGGAGCUUUGCCAGAUCAAGGUCAUGGCCACCGAUGGUAUCGCAAAGAAUGCAUUGAAGUUCGAUCUCGCGGGGAUGUUAGGACCAAAGUAUUUGAAUGUAGACGUUGUUUCGCCUGAAGGCAAAUUAUUGGGUAACCAACUCGCGGAGACUAUCGAAGGUUUCUUCGGUGUCGCCGCACGUCACUGGAUGUAG